GCUGUCUUCACUACUUUCUCUCUCCUCCCUGCCCUUUUCUUCAUCUGCAUUACAUAAUAAUUAUAAUAUAGUAAUAACAAAAAUCUAAUCCAUUUUCCAUUUCAUAUUUUUGACCUAUAAUUUUAUCAAAUAAAAGAGAAACAAGAUUCCAGUCCCUUUUCUUUCUUCUCACAAGUAAUGCAGCAAAUAAAAAGAGUCACAAAGAAAAGAAAGUUCCUCUUUUUAUUUUUGGCCUUUUCUAUUUGGAUUGGAUAAAAUAUAUAAUAUAUAAAUAGAUAGAGAGAGAGAGAUGAGAGUUGUGUAUUAUGUGGUAUGUUUCCUCGUGAUCCGUGCACAGUCGACGUGAAAUCCCAGAUUGCCUUAUUGUUUUAUUUUGUAAUAAGAAUAAAAAAGUUACAUUCUUGUUGGCUUUAGAGAGAGAGUUUUUUAAUAGUGAAGAAGGGAUUACAGAGAAAUAACUAAAGAAGAAAAAGAAAAACACAAAUUCUGGUGAUUUUGAAUGUGGAUUUUUGUGGGUCUCUUCUAUGAUAUGAUCCUUAAUUAAAUGAAGUUUUUGUUUUACUUCUAAUUCUGUCUCCAUCUGCAGAUUCCCAUUUCCCAGCUUAAUUUUAGCUUUUUGAAGCAAGAUGUUCAGGUACCAACAUGGAGGCGGUCAAAUAAUUUUAGGAGUUUCACGUUUUGAGCCGAAAAAUUGCUUUGGCAUGGAGACUAAUGACUCUUAUGCGAUAAAGAUAUCACGAAGUGUUCUCAAGCUGGCCAAGCAUAGAAUUCUUAAUCCAAUGGGGAAAGACUUGUGACCAGAAUGGAUCCUCAGGCUUUUAUCAGGUUGUCAAUAGGCUCCCUUGGGCUAAGGAUUCCUGGAACAGCGAUAAAUUCUACAAAAUCAGGUAUCCAUACGUUCUCUCCCUGCUCGUGUGAAAUUCGGCUUCGAGGUUUCCCUGUGCAAACAACAUCAGUCCCUUUUGUAUCCUCACCUGAAGCGGCACCUGAUAUUCACAGCAUUUCCUCAAGCUUUUAUCUUGAAGAGUCGGAUCUGAAAGCAUUAUUGGAACCCGGCUGUUUCUAUACUCACCAUGCAUGUCUUGAAAUUGUUGUUUUCACUGGGAGGAAGGGGUCCCAUUGUGGUGUUGGCAUCAAAAAGCAGCAGAUUGGAACAUUUAAGCUGGAGGUAGGUCCUGAAUGGGGUGAAGGGAAGCCAGUAAUUCUUUUUAAUGGGUGGAUAGGUAUAGGCAAAAACAAGCAGGAGAGCAAAAAACCAGGAGCUGAGCUUCAUUUGAGAGUUAAACUUGAUCCUGAUCCAAGAUAUGUUUUCCAGUUUGAAGAUGUGACCACAUCAAGUCCUCAGAUAGUUCAGCUUCAAGGCUCCAUCAGGCAGCCCAUAUUUAGUUGCAAGUUUAGUCGAGACAGGGUACCUCAGGUAGAUCCAUUGAGUAUCUAUUGGUCAACUUCUGCCGACGGUAUUGACAUGGAAACAGAACGAAGGGAACGGAAAGGAUGGAAGGUGAAGAUACAUGAUCUCUCUGGCUCAGCUGUUGCAGCAGCCUUCAUAACAACUCCCUUUGUACCAUCAACAGGUUGUGAUUGGGUUGCCAAGUCCAACCCAGGAGCUUGGUUGAUUGUUCGCCCUGAUAUGUGCAGGCCUGAGAGCUGGCAGCCAUGGGGAAAGCUUGAGGCAUGGCGUGAGCGUGGCAUCAGAGAUUCUAUUUGUUGCAGAUUUCACCUUCUGUCCGAAAGCCAGGAGGGUGGUGAGGUUCUCAUGUCAGAAAUCUUCAUGAAUGCUGAAAAGGGUGGAGAGUUUUUCAUAGACACCGAUAGGCAGAUGCAAGCUGCAGCAACUCCAAUACCAAGUCCACAAAGUAGUGGAGACUUUUCAGGGUUGGGUCCAGCUGGUGGUUUUGUCAUGAGCUGUAGAGUGCAAGGGGAAGGGAAGCAUAGUAAGCCAUUGGUUCAGCUGGCCAUGCGACACGUUACAUGUGUGGAGGAUGCUGCAAUCUUCAUGGCACUUGCAGCAGCAGUUGAUCUUAGUAUUGUGGCAUGCAGGCCCUUCCGAAGGAGGCUUAGAAGAGGAUCUCGCCAUUCUUUAUGAAAAAGAAGAAAAUUAAGGUGAUUUAUUUUCAUGAAGAAAGAAAUUGCUGUAUUUUACUUUGGAUUACUGUAACAUUAGGCACGAUGUAAAGGAUAUCUUAUUUACCUUUUUUUUUUUUUUUUCUUUCAAAUAUUGUUAAUUGGGAUGUAAGGUAUCUGUACAGCCUACAUGACACCUAUCUACCCAGGCUUCAUUUAUUAAUUUCCAUCUGAUUAUAGUAUUUUCGAA